AGCAGCGAUAACCGCGGAGUGUGUUUGAGACUGGGAGCUGAGACUUUUGGUCCAGCAUGUCUCCCCUUGGAAGACUCGGGCUGCUCGGUGCCCUGUGUCUGUGUUCCGUGUUUGACGCGGUGUGUCUGCUGGACAGCGGCAUGCUCUUCCCCCGGGAGUCCUCCUCCAGAGAGCUGAAGGAGCUGAGCGGGCUGUGGAGCUUCAGGGCGGACAAGUCCGCAAACAGGAACCAGGGCUUCGAGAGGGCAUGGUACAAAAGUCGCCUGGCAGAGACUGGCCCAGUGAUUGACAUGCCAGUUCCUGCCAGCUAUAAUGACAUCACCCAGGACCCCACACUAAGAGAUUUCAUUGGCUGGGUGUGGUAUGAGCGAGAGGUAGUGGUCCCUGCCCGCUGGGUCGCAGAUGAAGGAACACGAGUGGUUCUCAGAGUGGGAAGUGCUCACUAUUACUCAGUGGUGUGGCUGAACGGGGUGAAAGUGACCGAACAUAAAGGUGGCCAUCUUCCUUUUGAGGCUGAGAUUGGCAGUUUAAUCCGCAAGGACCCAAGCACGCCGUGCAGGAUCACCAUCGCUGUCAACAACACUCUGACCCUGGAGACUCUUCCUCCAGGAAUCAUCCAGCACAUGGACGACCGAACCAAGUAUCCUGCUGGUUUCUUUGUGCAAAACAUCUACUUUGAUUUCUUCAACUAUGCUGGGAUACACCGCCCUGUGCUGCUGUACACCACUCCUCAGGCGUAUGUGAGUGACAUCACUGUGGUGACUGACUUCUUGGAUAACACUGGUCUGGUUAAAUACCAAGUAUCAGUCCAAGGUGCUACAACAGCCACCCUGAAGGUCACUUUGAUGGACAAAGACAGACACUGUGUCGCCUCCUCCAGCGACCAAUCUGGAGUCCUCAAAGUGGUGGAUGUCAAGCUGUGGUGGCCAUACUUGAUGCAUGAGACUCCAGGUUAUCUGUACUCUUUGGAGGUUCGGUUGAUGGCAGCCGAUGGGAGAUCAACGUAUGAAGAUGUGUAUACUCUGCCGGUCGGCAUCCGCACUAUUAACGUUACCAGCACCCAGUUCCUCAUCAACAACAAGCCCUUCUAUUUCCAUGGAGUCAAUAAACAUGAGGAUGCUGAUAUUCGAGGUAAAGGCUUGGACUGGCCCCUGAUCGUCAAGGACUUUAACCUGCUGAAGUGGUUGGGGGCCAACUCGUUCCGCACCAGUCACUACCCCUAUGCCGAGGAGAUCCUGCAGAUGUGUGAUCGCCACGGCAUCGUAGUGAUAGAUGAGUGUCCGGGAGUGGGCAUCAAAGACAUUCGAAGUUUUGGAAACGCCUCCCUCAGCCAUCACCUGGAUGUCAUGGAUGAGCUUGUGCGUCGGGACAAGAACCAUCCGUCUGUGGUCAUGUGGUCCAUCGCUAAUGAGCCCGCUGCAGAGAUGCCCCCUGCUGAAUUUUAUUUCAAGACCUUGAUAAAACACACUAAAGCUCUGGACCCGACCCGGCCCGUCACUUACAUCACUGACAGUAACUACGCUCGGGACAAAGGGGCUCCUUAUGUGGAUGUGGUCUGUGUAAACAGUUACUUCUCCUGGUACCAUGAUCCGGGACACUUAGAGGUCAUCCCCAUCCAGCUCAACACUCAGUUUGAGAACUGGUACGGAAAGUACCAGAAACCCAUCAUCCAGAGCGAAUAUGGAGCAGAUGCAGUGUCGGGGCUUCACAAUGAUCCACCCAUGAUGUUCAGUGAGGAGUAUCAGAAGAUAGUCCUGCAGAACUACCACGACGUGUUCGACCAGAAGAGGAAGCAGUACGUUGUCGGUGAACUCAUCUGGAACUUUGCUGACUUCAUGACUGCACAAGGGAUCACCCGUGUGGUGGGGAACAAGAAGGGUGUUUUCAGCAGGCAAAGGCAGCCCAAAGCAGCUGCCUUCCUCCUGAAGGAGAGGUACUGGAGACUGGCCAACGAGACGGGCAGACUCCCCCCAUGGACCAAGUACCCCUGCUCGCUCUGACACCCGCCGCUGUUGGGGCACCCGGUCCAGGACGGCCUCGACGUCAUGUGAGCACUUUGCCUUGUGGGAAAAUGCUGGUAAAAUUCAGUCAGUUUCAAAUCCAGUGUUGAAAACUUCAUUUGAAACCAUUUCAGUGUGUGUGCACCUCAGGUCAAACCACCAUGAAACACAACUUAGCCAUGCUAUUCCUGUGGUCUGCACUCAUCAACCACCACCACCACUACAUUCAUGUUUUUAACAGCAAUCUGGAAACAUAUAAAAUGUUUUUGUUGCUGAUUUACAAAGAGCUUCAUCAUUCGAAGAAUUCACAAUUUCUAAUAGUAAUUGUGAUAUGGUUUCCUGAGGACACACCCGAGUUUAGACUGAGGGGGGGGGGUUCAUUUAGUUGUUACAGGAUAUUCUGGCACAGAUAUGAGGUGGUGUGUUUUAAACUGCUGUCAUAAAAAGGUCAGGUCAAAAACCAAUCAAGGCCUUCUGCAUCAGAGAUUAGCUCUGACCUUUUCUCCAGGCAGAUCACAUGAGCUCACCUGGCAGACAAAGGACAUAACUUUACAAAGAUACUGUGCAGGAAAGAAGGUCCCACACUAGCUCCUCUCCUGCUUCCUCUAAGGAAAGAGUAACGAUCAGGAGUUUGAUAAAACACCGGUGCUGGAAGUCAAAUCUGGGCUUUGUGCCAACAAUCUGAUCUGACUGCGUGUUUUUAGGAUUCUUCAAAAACUUUAUACAUGUAACGUUAAUGUGGAUCACAAUGCUGAAUCUUAUCAUAAAAGUGCUUUAUUUUUAUACAUAUAUGAAAAUCAACUGAAGAAAAAUCAAUUUUGAUAUGAAUCAAGUAUUAAAGAGAAAACAGUGAACAGCUCUGUUGAUGCAAACAGAGGCUUAGAGGAUUUUAUCAUUUUCAACAUUACUGUCAGAGCAGUUCUGUAGAGCACGCUGACGUACACGUUACAGUCUUCAUGCUGUCUCUCCAAACCGCUGUGACUGGAUGUUUCCGCUCUCAGACCUUUGGGUGCCGCUGUUUAAACUAGAGGUUGAAGUGACGUGUUGAUUGUUGACGGUGGCGUUACUCUAAUCUUUUCACUGUCACUAUCUGCUUGUGCUUUUGGCCUCAUUACAUGAUUGACCUUUGUGUUGUGGGCAAAUACUGAAUAUUCAAAUUCCACUUUUCUUUUCUUUUCAAACAGAAUAUUAACUUACAAGACAUUUAAUGAAGUUCUUUCAUUUGUCAUCAUGUGAGAAGCAAUAAAAAGCCUUUUCGGGCACUUUUUUUUUCUCUCGUU